GCAUGGGUAUAAAAAAUUCCUGAGGUAUGACGUCUUAGUUUUAUCUUAAACUUCCAAAAACUCAGAAAAAGCAGCCUAAAACGCGCGGUUUUUCAGACCGUUCAUGCUUACGGUCGUGUUUUUCGCAUUUUUUUUGCUAAUUCGUGAUUUGUUUGCUUUGCGAAUAUUAAAUUCAUUUAUCAUACUACUGAUAUAAAUUAAAUUUGGUAGUAUAACUAAUAUUUUGGGGCAAGAUUUUUCUGAUCAAAAAAUGUGCAUAUUUUGAAAAAAAAAUUUAAAAAGGACUGGGUCUACCUACAAAAAAAGCUUCAAGCACGGCUUCAACUUCCCCCCCUGACUUAGCCUUCCAGUUAUUAUUAGAGUUCACUGCCUCUUGAUCAUAGAGAUUAUAUUUAUAAUCUCUAUGCUCUUGAUGCCGAGCACUUCCUCAGUUAUAUUAUAGCUCAGUGUGCUCGAUGCUCGCAGGGAGUUAAGAUCUGUGACUGAUCUCAAAAAUAUAUCUGGAUAGUACAUUCGACAAUCACACAAAGUUUCAAGACAAAGUUUUCUAUUAUUUUAUCACAUUUCAAAAUGCCUAUUCCUGACAGAAUUUUAAACGCACUGAGAUUAAAUGCGAAGCAAGCUGAUGAGACAAUUGCUUUAUUAAAAAGACAACUUUCUCUUUUGGAAAAGGAAGCGAGUAAGUAUAGUUAAAAAUAACGUGGCUACUGUUGGCUAUAGAGCCUCGUUUUCGCGAUUAAGAUAUUGGGUAAAAAGCCGUUUAUCUUGUUAUAGCCUACAGGUGACAUAUUUAUGAAACCAUACAGUUAUAUAAAUGAGCAUGUGAAAAUAAAAGUCCUGUUUAUGGCUACGUGCCUACAUCAUGGGUGACAAGAAUUGAAGGCUCUAAAAUCAAUAUCUCAAUCAUGGAAACGAGGCUCUGUUACUAUUUUAAAUAUAGUCUAUAGCCACAGCUAAGUACUUUCCGGAAGGGUGUAUAUAUUGGUUUGUACAGGGCCGUAGCUAGACCGCCACUGGUGCAUAUUAAUAUAUUUGUGUUCUACCCGACAGAUUUCUUUUGAAGGCGAUUGUUUUUACGGCAUGUGAACGUAUCGCGUGUAGGCGUAGCUAUGGCCCUGAAGUUGUAAGACAAACAUAUGGCGGCCAUCUUGGAAUAUGCUCAUGAUAUUCUAAUCUGUUGACAUCACUUGGAACUCUUAAAAUAGCACAUUCUGUGGGUGGAACUCAAAAUACUUGGUCUUUUUGACAGAUGGUAUUUUCCAUUGACCACCUGCCAUGCAGACUAGUGUAAGAUGGAGCAAUAAUAAAUUAAUAUAGUAGUAUAUUAUCUUUUAGGUGGUGAUCGAAUUCAAUCAUUUUUUGAGGUAACAUGUUUUAAAUUAAACCAUAAUGACAUAGGUACCUCUGAUCUCAAUCUUUGUCAGUGAGUUUGAUACACUGGGUCAUUCCAGAAAACAUCCAUACCACCCCCACGGAGGAAAUAGGAAGUUAAUCCCCCUACCCCCUUCGGAUGUCCUAAUACAUUUACUAUUAUCAGAACUAAUUUUUUCUCCCCUCCCCCUCCGGACAGCAGAAAUUUCCUCCAUGGGGGGAGUAUGGAUCUUUUCUGGAACGACCCAAUCACUAUUGAUAGUUUGGUACAAUUUAUUCAAUAGAAGGAAAAAGAAGAAUUACGACAAGAAAAUGAACAGUUAAGACAAAAAGCUAAACGUUUGAAAAAAGAUUUAGAAAAGGUGGAACUACGAAAUGGAUGUAAGUUAUGGAACAAAUCGACCGGGGGUUGGUGUAGGGCAUGGAACGCUGCCCCUUCCCACAUAUUUGUUCAUUUUCUGACUUAGUUAAAACUCAAAGGUAGGGGAUAGGUGGGGCAACACCUAUUUCUUCAGUUAAAAAAUAAUGUUGUCUGACCGAAUUCCAAAAAGUUCUGAUACCCAGUGGUAUAACUAUAUACACACCUGUAACAAGUCAAUAUAUUUCUUUUAUAGUGAGAGUUGUCCCCUUACCCCAUGUCAAACAAGAAACAGUUAAACCCAGCAAUGAAGUUCCUGUUCUACCUCAACCAAGUGAGGAACACACAGCAGAGAAAAAGGAAAAGCAGCCAGGCUCGGCGAAGAAAACAGCAAAGAAAGAAAAGGCCUCUUCAAAACCUAAGGCAUCUGCCGGUAGUACACAUGGCUGUUUUUUUUUAAGCAUGUUUGCACUUGCAAUUUUUGCUGCAAUUUUAGAUACGAUUUUCUUCUGGGGCCGGCCGGUUGUUGAAAGAUGGGUUAGCACUAACCUUUGGUUAAAAUCUAACCUGCUGUUUUGGUUUGUGUAUUUCUGCACAUCUGUUUAUUUCAAAACUUCAGAGAAGUAUACUCCUAUCGAUCCAGGCAAGAUUUCUGAAAAAAAAAUUUCCAAAUUUAUAGACAAACCGUCAGGAAGUUUGUUUUGAAUUUUAGGUUACCGUAACCCAAGAUUAAGCGUAUUGGCUUGGAAGAAACGGCCCCUGAUGGAAGUGAACAAAGCAGAUGAAUUAUCAAUGUUCAGAUGAGGGUACAUACUCGCUCACUCAGAACAUUUAUAACUGAUCUACUCAUUUACAUGCAUCAAUUUUGCAGCACAAAUAGCAAACAGGUUUUAAUACAAUAAUUAAUGCCAGAGAGUUUAGGUAUGCAUGGUUCCCUUUUAGAAAAACAUAUCCUCAUAGCUAUUUUAUGAACUAUUGAAUAUCAGCAUAUAUAUAAUAUGGCAAUGAAUUAUCAGAAUAAUAUCAGGCACCACAUGUUCAUUAGACUAUUGCCAAUAUAAAUUGCAUCAUUUUAGCUACUUUGCCUUGUGUUUAGACUAUCUUGCAAAUCUCACCAAAUGUAAUAUUUAAACAACACAUAAUUGAGCAAUCUUGUUAAUUUCAGAGGGUGCAGCAGGUGGAGAGGUUGAUGCUUCACGGCUAGAUUUGAGAGUUGGAAAAAUUGUCAAAGUAGAAAAGCAUCCUGACGCUGAUACACUUUACUUGGAGGAAAGUAUGUAUAUACGACAUGGCACGAUAAGAGUUUUAGUUGUACCUGACUGGCACUCGAAUGCUUUUUGCCUUAUACUUGAACUGGUACAAAUUUAAGAUGUCACUCCAGGCAUAACUUGGUCUUUAACCCAUUGAUUGCCAGUCACCUAAGUCACGAGUGAAAUCGUCUGGCAUUAGACAGAAUAAAAUAUUAAAGUAGGGUCUAUUAGGGCGCAAUGCAGCUUAAUGAAUUAAGAUAUAAAGUACAGGCUUCGAUCUAAAAGGUGUUCAUUCAGAAACCUGAAACUACGCGUUUUACACAGUUAUAUAUUCACUUAUAAGUACGGUUUUGAAUACCUUGGGCUUGGAAAGGUCAUAUAUGGUACCAGCAAGUAUGCAAAUAGCAAAAGUUUGGCAUCCAUACAUGGUAUGAGGUAGACUUUCCAAAGUCCUUUCCAGGCCCUUCUAUGGCGCGCUUCACUUCCUCUAGGUAUGAGGCUGUGAACAAAGAAGUGUAUCAAAGCAUACAUAACAUUGGAAUUAUCGCAUCCUGCACGGUUUGAUAACCGUUGUUGUGUGUUAGUUAUUGUCACUUGUCAGCCUUCAAAAGAUUUUAAAAACUUUGAACGUGGGCCCCCUUAGUGAAGAUUACUGUUAUCAACCUGAUUAACAAGACUCCUUUCUUGUAGUUGAUAUUGGGGAAGAGAAGCCACGUACCGUCAUCAGUGGCCUUGUUAAACACAUUCCGCUUGAAAAAAUGCAGGUUAGAUAUGUACUCUUCUUAUAGAAUAAUGUUUCUCUCAUAUAUUACUGGUAGAAGUUGUUCGUUAAAUUCGAAUUUUAUUUUUUGUGUCAGGAUCGUAUGGUUAUGACUUUAUGUAAUCUAAAGCCAGUAAAGUAAGUUUAUGAAACAAACAAACAAACAAACAAACAAACAAACAAACAAACAAACAAACAAACAAACAAACAAACAAACAAACAAACAAACAAACAAACAAACAAACAAACAAACAAACAAACAAACAAACAAACAAACAAACAAACAACGACAAUUGUAUUAUGGCAACAAGAAGACUAGAAUCAACAAUCAUAGGACAGGCUGACAACAGCAAUAACAAUAGCCGUGAAACCGCUGCCAUCUACAAAUCAAGAACAACAAAACCAACUCGAUAUUUUUCCACUGUAGAAUGCGAGGUAUUUUUUCGCAAGCCAUGGUUAUGUGUGCCUCCUCACCAGAACUUGUAGAAAU